AGGGGAAAGAGAAAAGAUCCAAGUUGUAAGGAAAGCAUUAUUCAGCUUUCUGAAAGAGACCCAGUUGAUGGGUAGAAUCUAGAGGUGGGGAUAUGACGCUACACACUCUUGUACAGUAGGUGGCGGUAUGCACCUGAACGUUGCUUGCGAUCCGCCAUUAAACGAAAGAAGAAGAAGGAGAAGAUAGCAGUGCAACAUCAAGGAUGCAAGUUGCCAUAAAAAGGAAGAAGACACGGAGCGAAACCCUUUAGCUUUUUGUUUAACAGACGGUCCAACUUCUGCGGUGCACAUCCUUAUUGCCAUUGGCUGUUAGUUGUGUGCUUCGACACGGGUGGCGGAACCGAAAAAGUAAAACUGCACCUUCACCAUGGAAGCAGAAGUUGAGUUUUUACGGGAUCAAGUCCACCGAUUAAAUUCUGCUCUCAGCCAGUAUCAGUAUGGGCACCGCACUCAAGCCACAGCAUCCCAGGUUGAGGAGGCGAGAUGGGUAGAGUCUCCUACACCCUGGAUCACAGACAGAAGUAUAAUGGGUCCUCUGUUAGAGGAGUAUGAUCGGCACAUGGAUGAAAUGACUCAACAGCUGCAGAGAUACCAGGCACUGAUGACAGAUGUCAAAGUAAAGUUGGAGAGUGUUGUCAAGGAGAAUGAAAGGUUGCAUGCAGAACUCAGGGAGUCUGUUGAGAAGCAGCUUCAUGCCCUACUGGUGGCUUCAGUUGUGGAGGACAGCACAUUGGAGGAGGAAGCAGCUACUAGAAACCUCCAAGAACAACUCCAGCUAUGUGAACAGGAGCGGGUGCACGCCAUGGAGCUGUGGCAGACAUCAGCCCAGGAGCUGGACCAUCUUCAGCAGAGCUACCACAAAAACAUCUCUGAUGUGCAGGUCCACAAUGCUCAGAGACAGCAACUUCAGAAUCAGCUCAUUCAGUUCCAGCAGCACAUACACAAACUUCAAGUGGCCAAUCAGAAACUGGAAUUGACUAACCUGCAGUUCCUGAAGACGGUGACGGAGCAGAGUACAGAGAUGGAGGAGCUACAAAACCAGCACAGGCAGGCCAAGGCUGACUUGAGGACAGCCACAGCCAAAGUGGGUGAGAUGACCAUCUUCUUGCAGAGUGUCCAAGACCAGAUGCAAAGACAGGAGGAAGAUGUGGCAGAGGCUCAGGGCCGAGAGGAUGCAGCAGACAGGCGACUUCAACAGCUUCUGGCAGACUUGAGCCAGCUGGGGCCCAGACUAAAAGCUGCAUCUCAGGAAGCUAAGGCAGUUCGCAGAGAUCAAACUGUGUGGGAGAUAAAGGUGGGGGAACUCCAGACACAUUCUACCAACCUAGAAGAGGAGAAGUAUGAGGCCCUGGCUAAAGUCCGACAGAGUGUUCAGGUGGUUGAGGAGGCUGCUUUGCUGAAGGACCAGGCCCUGUUAAGAGAGAAACAGAAGACACAAGAGUUAGAGAAGACAAAGGAGGCAGUCAAACAGUUGAUCCAGGAUGCUGCAGUCCGCACCAGAAAUGAGGUGGAUACUGUGCGCAAGCAGUGCAACAUUCAGAUCCACCACAUGGCAGAGGAACUGUCUGCAUUGCAGCUGGAGUGUGCAGAUAAAGAAUCUCAGAUUGAAAAGUCCUUGCGAGAGAGAAAAUCUUUAGAGGAGGAGCUGGAGAAGGUGUAUAAGGAGGGCAGGGCAGAGCCAGAGUUCAGGAAGAUUGAUGCCCUUCACAAGAGGUGUCUAGAUGCAGAGAGGAUGAAGGAGGACAUAAGCCUCACCCUGCAAAGUGCACAGAACAAACUGAAAAAGAUGGAGAUGGACUACAGUGAAGAGCUGUCACGUUGCCAGGAGGAAGUGCAGCAGUUGCAGAGCUCUCUGGCUGCAGCUCGGGACAACUGUGUCAGCAUCAGUGAGGAGCGGUUCCAGCUGCAGCAGGAGAACUUACAGCUACGCAGAGAGAUGGAUGUGCUACGCAAGACCUCCCUGCUAGAUCAGAAGAAGGCCAAACAACAGCUGUCACAGAUGGAGCAGGAGUACUGCCUGAAGGAGCAGGGACUCUACACACGCAUGCACGAGCUGGACAAAAGCAGCCGGAGCUCCAAUGAUGAUCUGACGCGCCUCCUUACAGCACAACAGAAAAGUACUCAACGCUGGAAAGAAGAGGCCAAGAACCUUGUUCAAGUCUUCAACACUAAAAUCACAUGCCUCAAAGCAGAGCUGAAUCAGCAGAAGCAGCGUUCAUACGAGCUGGAGAUGCAGCUUGAAACUGACCAUAAUACUGUUUAUGAGGCAAGACCGAGGCUAUUCUUUUUGGCUCCAAACACAGGUUGAGUAAGUCCUCGGUUGUCAAGAUCACACUAAUUGGUGAGACGGUAUCUGCUACGAGUGAGUCACCUCCAGAGACCACUGACACAAGCUGAACAAAAGACACCUACUGCUACACAACAGGUAUAGGUUGUCUUGACUCAUAUGGAGAAAUUUUUCCAGUUUCUGUUAUCUGAUUGAAAACUGACAUUAUUUUUCUGUUACGCUGUUUUUUUUUUUAUUCAGCUAAAUAUGUUGGCGUCACAGCAAAGGAAAACUGCCUCGAUUGAUCAAAAGACUUUAUAACAGGGACUGUCACUGUGCUAUAAACAAAAUAAUAUAGUCAUGUUUGUUUAAAUCAUGUUGCCCUUUUCUUUAAUAUGAUAUAAACAAUUUGGCCCAAGGCAUAAGAUAACAAUGGUGUUGCUAGUCUUUUUGUGAUUAAAUCACAACAGUAAAGGUUUUUGGUGAAUUGUAUUUAUAAGGAUGAAAUGAUGUCUGAUGUGUGAUAUGUAAAAUAAACUGUUAUAUCUACAAAAUAAACACCUUCAACAUACAACCUGGUCUUUGUUGUGCAGAAAGGAAUAUGGUUUGAUGGAAAUUAAAUGUUUUAGGUUGUAAAUAUUCAGGAAACGGCAUCAUUGCAACCCUAACAGCAAUAGCAUUAUUGGGCAUUUUAUAGUUAUUUUUGCUAAUGUUGAGCCAUAUCAAAAAAAUGGACAAUGUUCGCUCAAUAAGAUGUCCACAGAUAUUAAGCAAGUUGACUGCUAAUUUGAUGUUACCAUUUGAAUUAAUAUAAGUGUCUUAGUUAGCAUUAAUUAGCUACCUUUAACAAUAGCUAACGCUUACAGAGGCAUACAAAAGUUUGAGCACCCCUGGUCAAAAUUCCUUUGCUGUGAGUAGUUAAGCAAGUAAAAGAUGACCUGAUUUCCAAAAGGCAAAACUCUUGAAGGAGUCCAUUAUGAAUUUGAAGGUGUGUUUAGGAUCAUUGCCCUGUUAUUGAUGCCAUCCUCUC